CUGAACUUGUUCCUUCGUACAGACUUUUCGACCUGUUAGCCUUGAUUCCUCUAGUCGCCGUAUCGAGACGGAGAACGGGAGGAAACAAUGUCUCUCUCUCAAGAGGAAGAACCAGAUCUCUCUCCAACAUCACCAGUGGAAGACUCGGAGGACGCGGCAUUAUCACCUGUCCAAGAACCGGAACCUGCACCAGGCUUACAUGGAAACCCUGUUCGAUGGUAUGAUGCAGAUCGAAAGGAGCCCUAUACCCGUACUAUUCCGUUUCAAGAGCAGCGGGACAACAGCGUCGAAUUCUUCUACAAGCCCAUCACUUUGACGGCACUUGCUGCCUGUCUUGCGGUGUUGGCGUAUGUCGCUAUGACGCAAGAUGUGCUGGAGGAGGGCGGUGAUAAGAGACGUGUAGGAGUUUACGCCGCUAUAAUAUCCUUCCUUGCCUUUGCGAUGGUCCAAUUCCGUGAUGGCCCCUUUGUCCGCCCACAUCCCGCCUUCUGGCGAAUCAUACUAGGCCUUAAUCUUCUCUACGAACUUGCAUUGGUCUUUCUUCUCUUCCAAGACCUCAAGUCUGCGAGAACGAUGAUGACAUAUCUGGAUCCAACGCUGGGCAAGCCACUCCCGGAGAAAAGCUACGGCGAAAAUUGCGAAUUUACGCUCAUAAAUGUUUGGAAUGCGGUAGACAUAUUUUGUCUGGCGCAUGCAUUGGGGUGGUUCGGCAAGGCCAUGAUAUUGAGGGAUUACUGGUUCUGCUGGAUUCUGAGCAUUGCCUUUGAGUUCGCCGAAUACUCCCUCCAACACCAAUUAGCCAACUUCGAAGAAUGCUGGUGGGACCAUUGGAUUCUUGACGUACUCGUGUGCAACUGGCUUGGGACGUACCUCGGAAUGAAAGCAUGCGAAUACUUCGAAGUAAAACACUAUACCUGGCGCGGCUUCCGCCAAUCGCGAGGCAUCCGCUCCAAGACAAAACGCGUCCUGACCCAGUUCUCGCCACAAGACUUCACAGCCUUUCAAUGGCACGGAACGCAGUCAUUCGUCCAUUAUGUGACUGUUGUCAUGCUGCUCGCCGUGUUUUUGGCGGCAGAGUUGAAUCCAUUCUACUUGAAGACGCUGUUGUGGAUGGAACCUGAACAUCCAUUCGUGAUUGCCAGACUAGCCGGCGUAUUCCUCUGCGCCCUCCCCGCUACAAGAGAGCUCUAUCAAUAUAUCAACGAUCCACGACGUGCCAUCCGAAUGGGUCAACAUGUAUGGAUCCUCCUGGCCACCGUAGCGACGGAGCUCCUUGUCAUUCUCAAGUUCAGCAAGGGACAAUUCCCAGAACCAUUCCCGACCAAGGUCAAGUAUGCCUGGGCUUUGGGCGGAGCGGUCUUGACUAUAUAUCCGUUGAUCAGGUUUGGGCUGCCUGGCGUGAGACGAUAUGUGCGUAAACAGCAUAAGACGAAGGGAAAGGGGAAGGAAAGGCCAAAGGUGCAGUAGGUCGCCCCAAGAGAGGAGAAAACUGAGCAUACCCUGAAGGUUCUGUACAAUUCACGAACACCUUCUCGAUGAUGGUGAUACUUCACGACCUUUUGGCAUUUUCUAGGCCCUUUAUGCAUGUCUGAUUCAGAGCUGUCUCCUAGAUUUAUUGUACACAUGAUCCUCUCGUAUUCGAGCUGCUUUCACAAUGACAGACCCAGUCCUUU